AUGGCGACGAGCCCCACGACUGCAGAGGACCAGGGUCGCCUGCUGGAGGAGGCGCUGGCUGUGGUUCGAACUCAGUCGCAGCAGAUGCGAAGAUGUCUAGAAACACCGGGGAAACUUAUGGACGCCUUGAAGUGCGGGUCAACGCUUGUCAGCGAGCUCCGGAGCCCCAGCUUAAGCCCUAAACAGUACUAUGAACUGUAUAUGGCUGUCUUCGAUGCACUCAGGCACCUCUCCGAAUAUCUCCGCGACUCCCAUCCCGUCAGCCACCUUGCAGAUCUCUACGAGCUUGUACAAUAUGCCGGAAAUAUAAUACCCCGGCUGUACCUGAUGAUCACCGUGGGUACAGUGUACAUGGGCGUGGAGGACGCGCCGGUCAAAGAAAUCAUGAAAGACAUGAUGGAGAUGAGCCGCGGUGUGCAACAUCCCAUUCGUGGACUGUUCUUAAGGUACUAUCUCAUGGGGCAGGCCCGGGACAAUCUGCCCACAGCCACCGAGGAUGGGCCGCAAGGGACAAUGCAAGAUUCAAUCAACUUUGUCCUUACUAACUUUGUCGAGAUGAACAAGCUUUGGGUUCGGUGGCAGCACCAAGGUCAUUCCAGGGAACGGGAACAGCGCACACAGGAGAGAAGAGAACUCGAGCUAUUAGUUGGCAGCAACUUGGUCAGGUUGAGUCAGAUGGUUGAGUUGGAUGCCUACAAGUCGAUCAUUAUCCACCCGUUGCUCGAGCAAGUUGUUCAGUGUCGAGACGUGUUGGCGCAGGAGUACCUCCUCGAAGUCAUUACCAAGGUCUUUCCGGAUGACUUCCACCUGCACACGCUGGAUGAGAUGCUCUCGGCAAUCGCGCGCCUGAACCCGCACGUCGACAUGAAAAAGAUUGUGAUCGGACUAAUGGACCGAUUAUCCUCCUAUGCACAGCGCGAAACCGAGUCAACGUCUACCGAAGACAAACAGAAAGCCGAGGAAGAUGCCAUUACGCAGCUGCUAGAGAAAGUAUCACUUGAGCAGAGCAAGAAGGCCGAAGUCACUUCCGAACCCAGUGAUUCUCAAACGAACGGGACGGACACAAAGCCCGAAGAUGAGGCACCUGCUGAGUCUCAACCCGACGUGCAACCACAACCAGAUGCUCAGAAAGCCCCUGAAGCUGUCAAUGGAGAUGCUCCCAAAGGAGUUGGCGAUGUCAAGCUGUACGAGAUCUUUUACGAACAAGUCAUCAAUCUGGUAAAGACUCGGGGCCUUUCAAUCCAGGAUACAAUGGCUCUCCUCACCUCUCUCGCCACAUUGGCUCUCAGCAUCUACCCAGAUCGCUUGGAAUAUGUCGACCAGGUCUUGGCAUAUGCAAGCGUAAAGACCGCCGAGUACGUGGACUCGGCGGAUCUACAUUCUGCGGCGACACAGUCCAACAUGCUCAACCUGCUGCUCGCGCCAAUCCGAUCAUAUUUCUCUCUAUUCACCGCACUCGCCCUACCCCACUACCUACCACUAUUCCAAUCACAAACAUACACGACUCGACGAUCGGUCGCUGGCGAAUUAGCCCGCAGCAUCUUGCGCAACCGAGUCAAGAUAACGACGCCUGAACAUCUUGAGGGCGUCCUCGCCGUCCUGCGUGUUCUAAUCAAGGAAGGUGUGCAACAGCCCGCUGGCUACCCAGGCCUAGGCAAUCGUAAUCGUGGUGAUUCGGACGAGAUUGUUGAAGAACAGGGCUGGCUUGCGCGAAUUGUACACUUCAUCCAAGGCGGAGACAACGAUACACAACUCAAGCUACUGCAGCAAACACGUAAGGCGUUCGAGGCUGGCAACGAGCGCAUCAAGUAUACCACCCCAGCCCUACUCACAGCCUCUCUGAAACUCGCACGGCGCUUCAAGGCUCGUGAGCAUUUCGAAGACAACUGGCAGUCACAGUCUUCUACACUGUAUCGAUUUAUGCACCAGACUCUUUCGCAGCUGUAUACGCGGGUCAAUCCCGCUGCCGCAGAGCUGUGCCUGCGCCUCUUCGUCGCAUGUGGACAGGUUGCAGACCAGUGCGGCUUCGAAGAAUUUGCCUACGAGUUCCUGGCACAAGCUUUCACCAUCUACGAGGACUCGAUAUCCGACUCUCGUGCGCAGUUCCAGGCUGUUUGCAUAAUCGCAGGUGCCUUACAGACAUCGAGGGGUUUCGGUAAAGAGAACUAUGACACAUUGAUCACCAAGGCAGCGUUACACGGCAGCAAAUUGCUGAAGAAGCCGGAUCAGUGUAGAGCAGUGUACUUGGCUAGUCAUCUUUGGUGGGCAAUCGAAAUCCCUGGCAAGGAGGAAGAUCCUGCAAAUGCAAAGUGCCUACAGCGCGCCUUGCGCGUGGCUGACGCGUGUAUGGAUACCGCCGUGUCUGUCGAGCUGUUCGUGGAGAUCCUCAACCGCUACGUCUACUACUUUGACCAGCAGAACGAGACAGUGACGACCAAGUAUAUCAACGGCCUGAUCGAGCUGAUCCACAGCAACCUGUCAUCGUCGAACGCCGAGGGCGGCAACCAGCAGAGCCUCGAGAACCCCAAGCGGCACUUCUUCCGCACGCUCGACUACAUCAAGGCUAGGGAGUGGGAGGGCGUGAUUACCGAGGCGCGGUCUUGA